AUGGCAAGCCCAAGUGUUGCGCAAGUAGAAGGGCUCAUAGAGGAACUAUACAACUCAUCUGAUACAGUAGUCGCAAAGCAGAUUCAAGAGCAAUUACAAUCACUUCAGAAACAACCUUAUGCUUGGGAGAUUGCAUCACAACUAUUAGCAUCACAGUCUAAUCAAUGCCAAUUCUUUGGAGCACAUACCUUUCAAGUAAAGAUCACUCGUGAUUGGAAAACAUUACCCGAAGAUAGAGUAGAAUGGCUGAAAAAUGAGUUGCUCGGAUGGAUUGUGCGUCUCUGUGGAGGGCCAGCCUUUGUCACUACCAAACUAUGUCUAGCAUUGAUCGCUUUUGCAUUUCACACUGUUCCCAAUCAAUGGCCGCAUUUUAUACCAACAACAGUCGAAGCACUGCAACGAGCAUCCCAGUCGUAUGGAGUACCAGCCGAUAUGAUCAAUGCGACUGUAUUGGAAUUCUUUACGCUUGUGCCUGAAGAGGUGUCCAACUCAAACAUCAUGGGAGGCCGCAAAUUACAGCUAAUUGGAGAAUUGAAAGAAAGCAUCUCGCUUGUAUUAUCCACCAUUUCAUCCUUUCUUUUCAACCCUGUAUCUACAGAAAUUCAACUAAAAUCAUUGAGAUGUCUACAAAGCUGGAUUCAGUACGGUUUCAGUUUAGAAGAAGGCUAUCCCAUUUUACAAAAAGUCAUGACAUUACUAGGAGACGUGAAUCUGUUUGAAUCAGCAGUGGAUGUGUUACUAGAAUCAAUGCAACAAGCAGCUUGGGCAAAAUACCAAAAUUAUAGAAACGAGCUGCUCACCUGCUUUACCAGUGACGCCAUGAAGGAAAAGUUCGAGUUGUGUAUAACAGAGGAAGACGAGGAAACUGCCAGGUUGAUUGCCAAGUUACUGACAACAUUUGGAGAGACAUACACGGACUAUAUUGUGGAACAGCUCGCCAGAUCUGACAUGUACUGGCUUAUGACCAUGAUUCUGCGAUUGACUGGCUUCGAGGGCUUCUUCCCUAUAGAUCAAGAAGUAACCGAGAUUCCUCUCAAUUUUUGGUACAUCAUGCAGGAAACGCUAUUUGAUGAAUGUAUUUUGCCUGUGAAACUAGCAGCACCUUCAGAGACAAAGGAACUGUGGAAAUACAACUGUGGACAAGCAGCACUGGCCAUCUAUCGAGAAUUAGUGGAGAUCUUGAUUCGAACUGCACGCUAUCCCGAAGAGCGAGUAUGGGAAUCAUGGAAUAAAGACAUUAAGGAUAAAUUCAAGACCUGGAGAAGAGAUCUAGGUGACACCAUGAUCAAUCCCUUUUAUGUUUUACGAGAUGAAAUGCUUGCCAUCCUGCUGGACCAUAUUGUAUAUAUUAUAAAUCAGUGGACAUCGCUGCCCGAUGCGACACAGAGCUUGGAAGCGAUCCUCUUUUGCCUAAAGAGUAUAUCUGAAGAGAUCACACCGGAAGAGAAUAUCCAUAUUGCACGCUUUUUUGGCCCUGAAGUCCUGGGUCGAUUACCAGUGGACUGCGGUAUCCGCUUAAAAAGCACUGUGUUGAUAUUAAUGGGUUCUUUGGCUGAAUGGCUCAAAGCACAUCCGCAAUAUUUGGGAUCUGUGAUGAACUACACUGUGCCCUGUCUCAGUGAUCCACAUUUAGCACCGGCUGCUAGUUCCGCUUUUGCAGAUAUUUGUGAUACAUGUCGAGAAUCGCUCGUGGACGAGUUGGAUGGAUUGAUGCACGUCUACGUAGCCAUGAAUAGCUCCAAUAUCAAAUCCAAUAUCAUGCAAAGAGUAGUAGAAUCAGUUGCGGAUGUCAUUCAAGUGCUUCCUCCUGAUAGAGCCAUGAGUCCGUUGAUGUCUUUGACAGGUGACAUCUUGCAAGGCAUCUCAAAGGCAUUAGUGAAUGUUGAAACAGACCCUCAAGGCUCGCGUGAUGCUGUGCUGAUCCAGCUGCAGUACUUGUCAGCGUGUUGUCGUGGCAUUCAAUCGCCCAACGACGACUAUCAAUCACUCAGUGAACGCAACUCUGUAUACGAUGCAUUUGCUAGCGGGCAAUUGUUGACCAUGUAUGCUCAUAUGGAUGGUUUCAGUCAAGUCACCUAUGCUAUCCGAGAAUCUUCAUCACACAUUGCCCGAGUAUGGGGCGCAGACGAGCAAAUAGCCAAGGCACUAUCGACAUUUUUGGAGCAAGGCAUGCGAUCCACGAGCCCGUUGCUCAGCUUGAACUUUAUGGAUCUGGCAGCACUUGUGGAGUCGAGCUACACUGCAGCCCCGUUUUCGUGUUGGCUGGACACUGCAUCAUUUAUGAUCACAGUGUACGGUGGCCAUCAAAUGCACUUUGAGCGAUUGCGAGAUUUGCUCGGCGUCAUUACCACCAAGACAUUGGCAUUCAUCAACGGAACUGAAGCGAUGGAGCAUUACCCAGACGUGGUGGAUAGCUAUUUCGGAUUACUCUCAAGAGCUAUUACCCGAUGUCCACUCGCCUUCUAUCACCUUCCACCCGCCAUGAUCAAUACGAUAUUCAUGUUUGUCAUUGCAGGCAUGGGACUGCAAGAAAAGUUGGCAUUGAAGGCUGCUGUAAAUUUCAUGGCUGAUUUUAUCAGUCAGGAUUUUCAAGAAGGUUCAGAAAUAGCCAAAAUAAUGGAUACAAUCAUCAUGAAUAUGGGAAUUCAGAUUAUGGAGCAAUUAUUAUUGGGAAUUGGCGGCCGUGUGCCUAGAUCCUUUUCGGGUCCGCUCGUGGAUGUCCUGUUCAAGAUCACUGGCAAGUAUAUACAGCCAAGCAGACAGUGGUUACAGACAUUGCUGUCUACCGACGGAUUUCCCUCUGCGCUGGUGAGUGCCAACGAUAAGGAGACAUUUCUUAAAGGAGUCUUGGGAACAAGGUCAUUGAAGCGCUUUAAAGAGAAUACCAACAACUUUUCCAUCAAAUGCAGAGGAUUAGGCAACACAUCAUUUGGGAAAGUGUAA